AUGGCCUCCACAGCCCCAGCGUGCGGCCUCCCGACCCACACAGCGCCCGCCCCCGACGCCAAACCCGCGGACGAGGCCGGCCUCCACCGCCUGAGACGCCGCCGGCGCCGCCGCUGCAUCUGCAUCUGCGCCCUGGUAACCCUCGGCGUGCUCCUGCUCCUCGGCGCCACCCUCCUCGUCCUCUUCCUCACCGUGUUCCGCGUGCGCGACCCCACCACGCGUCUGCUCUCCACCCGCUUCGUCGGCCUCGCCCCAAGCCUCACCCAGCCCAACUUCACGCUGCUGCUCACCGUGGCCGUGCACAACCCCAACCCGGCCUCUUUCUCCUACGCCUCCGGCACCACCGGCCUCUGGUACCGGGGCGCCCACGUCGGCGACGCCCAGGUCGACCCCGGGCGCAUCCCUAGCAAGGGGGACGGGAUCGUGCAGCUGGAGAUGACGGUGCUCACCGCCAGCUUCACCAAGGACAUGGCGCAGCUGAUCAGGGACAUCGAGGCCGGGUCGCUGCCGCUGGACGCCAGCGCCAGGAUCCCGGGGAGGGUGGCAGUCCUGGGCGUGUUCAAGCUUAACAUCGUCGCCUACUCUGACUGCCACAUCGUCGUCGGCUUCCCGGACAUGGACAUCCGAGGCCAGGACUGCCGCGACCACGCUAAGCUCUGA